AUGGCUAUCUACCGAGGUUUCGUGGCAAUCUUGCUAGCCAUACCUAUAUUGCCGUCUUGCAUUGUAGGCCUUGGGCUAAGUGAAAGACAGGCGGCCGAGACCAACAACAAGUUUAUUAUUAGCUUGAAAGAUGGCCUCUCAAAACGCGAGGUUGAUGCCUACGUAAACCGGGUCAAUGAUUUCCAUGAGCGAAUCCUUGGUCGACGCGAGCUAAACUUCCCUGGCAUCGAAAAUAAGAUAGAUAUGGGCAAGUUUCACGCUAUCGUUGCAGAAGUUGAGCCUGAUGAGCUCGUUCGUAUUAGUGAAGUUAUUGUCCAACCUGAUGCAGGCUACGGCUUGGCUGCGAUAUCUAGCCAAGGUCCAGGCUCUACCGACUAUCGCUAUGAUAAUAGUGCCGGCAAAGGCACAUUUGCAUACAUUGUGGACACGGGCAUUAACGCCGAUCACGAGGAGUUUGGUGGUCGUGUCACCAAAGGAUUCAACGGAUUCAAUGACUCGAUCAUUGAUUUAUUUGGUCACGGCACUCUGGUUGCUGGUGUUUUGGGCUCAAAGACAUACGGCGCGGCAAAAUUGGCUAACCUUAUUGAUGUCAAGGUAUUUGAAGGGGAUGAGACCCCAAGGUCGAAGGUUCUCUCUGGCUACGCUUGGGCAGUUAACGACAUCACCAGUAGGGGCCGUGCCAGCCGAUCUGUUAUCAAUAUGUCACUUGGUGGGCCGUUCAGCCAAGUAUUCAAUAAAGCUGUCGAGAGUGCAUUCCAGUCCGGUAUUCUUACUGUCGCUUGUGCCGGAAACGAUGCCAAGUCUACAGCAACGGCGUCCCCAGCGUCAACCCCCAACGCAAUAACAGUCGGUGCUAUCGAUCAGAGUUGGAAAAUGGCCGGAUUCUCCAAUUUUGGCUCAGAAGUUGACAUCUUGGCUCCUGGCGUUGAUAUUCUGACGACUUUUAUUGGGUCAACCACUGCUAAGAAACGCGCGAGUGGAACGUCCCUCUCCUGUCCUUACGUUGCUGGCAUGGCAUUGUACGUCGCUGCUCUCGAGAAUAUUAACUCUCCCGCCGAAAUAACUAGCAGGAUUCUUGCUCUCGGAACCAGAGACAAAGCUACGGAUUUAAAGAGUAAUACAGUUAAUCUGGUUGCGAACAACGGAGCUUUAGGCGUUUCUCCCAGAGCUUUUAACUCAUGA